AUGUCUCUCUCUGCCGCCGAACAGUUCAUCGACGACGCGAUCUCUUCUCAUCAAACGAAGACAACAAACUUUGGGGGCGAUGGCGAUCUCAACAUCGUCGAAAACAAACUUCAAGUGUUGAAAGAGUUGAAAGAGUUAUACUCGCAAAAGCUGUGGCACCAACUGACGGAAAGUUUAGAACUGACCGUGGCGAACCAAAGUCUGUUUCCCUCUCCAGACGAUGGAGAGUUGUUGGUCAACUUGUAUAAAAUAUUCGUGAACGAUUUCGAGGAACGACUGAACGCGUUGCGUUUAGCACGAGUCGCCGUGCACGUCUCUUCCAGGUGUAAAAACAGAGAAGAAGCUAUUGAAUUUUUAACAUCCGCGAUGGAGAAGAUUAAAACGACCAGGCAGACGAGUUUUGAAGAGGCAGUGGUGUACGUCAGAUUGCACAUCGCGUUGUUGUAUUUACACGGCGGCGACGAAUCUAAAGCAAAGACGGAAGUCGCGAAGGACGCGAAGCAAGAUCUCGCGCAGUGGAAGGCGCCGGAUCCGAGCGUCUCGGCGGCGUAUCAUUACUUAGCCGCGCAGUUGUAUAAACACAACAGAGACUUUGCAAACUUUUACGGGUCGGGGAUUUUGUACAUGGCGUACGUAGAUGCGACGGCUUUAGGAGACGAAGUGGCGACGGAGUUGGCGGUGGAUUUAGCGUUAGCCGCGCUUUUAGGCGAAGGCGUGUAUAAUUUUGCGGAGUUUUUGGCGCAUCCGAUUUCAAAGUAUAUUUCGAAAGAAAACGGAAGCGAGUUUGGUUGGUUAUUAGAUAUGGUGCAAGUAUUUAACGAUGGUGAUUUGAACGCGUAUGAUUUGUUGUGCGAACGAUACGCGGAACAGUUGAACGCGCAGCCGGCGUUGGUGGCGCACGAGAGAAAGUUGAGGGAGAAGAUAACGAUUUUGGCGUUUUUGAGAAUCGUGUUUGAGUUACCGGCGGAGAAAAGAGAGAUUGAUUUGGCAGACAUUGCGGUGAGAACAAAGCUCACCGUAGAUGGGGUGGAGUAUUUGUUGAUGAAGACGUUAUCAGCUGGGUUGAUUAGAGGAGAAAUCGAUGAAGUCAGUUCGAAAGUCGUCGUCACGUGGGCGAUGCCGAGGAUUUUGCUGAAGCCGCAGAUUCGAGAAUUGGCGGAUAGAUUGGACCAAUGGAUCGCAAAAGUGUCGUCGACGACGGCGAGUUUGCAGAGCGAAUUGAUGAUUACGGCAAACUAA